CAACAAUGGAAGGGUGAAACCCUCAAGAUUCGUGGUUGUUACAUAACGUAUGUUCGCUUAGUAGAAGGCGCCUAUACUAAACCAUUUUUUGUUUCCAGAUAUUUAUCAAUAAUCUCAAAAAGAUUAUUGUUCGGAAUACAAUUUCGUGAACUUAAUUGUAAAGGCGGAUAUUUUGCUCAUAGCAAGGAAAUUUCAUCAAGCAAAUAUGGUAGUCCCGACCUUAACAAUAGAGAAUCUAUGAUUAUCGGCAAUACUAACGUAGAUGAGGCAAAACAAGAAGAUUCGCCAUUAUAUGAAGAAGGAACUGUAUUAGUCGAGAUGAAAAAAUAA